CGUCGUCUUAACUAUUCAAGCCUCAUGUUAAUUGGCAGCCCCUGAAAGAAGAACUAGAAGAAACUGCAUUGAAGUGCGAAAGAGCGAUUGCCUCAGUGAGUGAACAUGAUGGGUGGAGAUUUUCCAGUCGGGGAUGGAGUGAGCUGAUGUUGGUUGAGCGCCGCGGGGCAAGUUGCUCUUAUUUGUUACUUUCAGCUCUACGUCCUGAAUGCUUGUACCUCUGCAGACUGCUCGGUCCUUCGGGGGAGAACUUUUAUAUCUUUUUGGGACUUUCUGGGUUGCUUCCCACUUACUUUGCUGGCCGAGAGCUGGAUUUUUUUUUUUUUUUUUUUUUGCAGCAGCCUGGCUGCUGGAUUUUGCUGAUUGUGCUCUUUGUUUCAUUGCAAGGGAGCUGCUAUCCUUUUUUUGGUUUUCUAUCGCUCAAUUCAUGAGCUUACUAUCUCGGUCUUCUCUAUUCUGACUCUUUUCUCCUGGAGAUUGGGUGGUGGUUCUUCUCUUACUGAAACCCUUCUUGUAAUUUUCUUUUCCUUUCUU